AUGGACCGCUUUACAGCGCUCCUCGCUUCUGUCGCUACCCUUGUGCAGCCAACCGUUGAUGCCUUUCUCCUCCAGCCUGCCACGUGGCAAUCCGGUGUCCUUGUCACGACCACAACUUUCGCCGUCUUGCUGCCCGGACUGCUCGCCGGGCUGACCGUGCCAGGGGUGCUGUCCGCGUUUCUCCUCGGUGUGACUGUAUGGAGGGCGUUCUACUGGCCAGGCUACCUCAUCCUCUGGCUGUACUUCAUUCUCGGAACACUGGUAACCAAGGUGAAGCUGAAGCAGAAGCAGCAGGAGGGGAUAGCGGAAAAGCGUAGCGGCAGGAGGGGACCGUGGAGCGUGGUGGGAUCAGCUGCUGCUGCGGUGGUGUGCUGCCUGGGAGCCAUUGCUGCUGCAGGAGGGGGAGCUGGAGGGGGGAUGGAGGGGGUGGUGCUGCCGAGUGUGGCGGUGUGGCAGCUGGGGUAUGUGGCCAGCUUUGCUACCAAGCUGUCGGACACUGCUGGCAGCGAGAUUGGCAAGGCGUUCGGCAAGCGCACUUUCCUGGUGACUUCCUUCCAGCCAGUUCCCAGGGGCACAGAGGGCGCCGUGAGUCUUGAGGGAACGUUGGCAGUCUUAAUGGUGACCCCUGGUGGAGCCCUCUUCUGUAUGCUGGCAUUACAAUUUGUGCUAUGCAUGGACUUCACAGCUCAUUCCACACUGCGUCUUGCAUUCUUGUACCCCAUUCACCCUCUUGCAUGUCUUGCAGCUCAGGCAAGCACGGAAGGCGCUGCGUUCAAAACUCUACAGUCCUCCUUCGCGUCCCUAGACGCGGACUUCUUCUCCUCGCUCCCUCGGGACCUCCAAGUGGAUCUCGAGGACGCAGUAUUUGAUCUCACCAACGGAAAUGUGCUGGCAGAGUGCGGCCCAGCAGCGUCAUCAGCCCUCUCCGCCCUUGCAGCCGCGCUGACGGCUUCAGAGGGCGCUCCUGCCGCUGCCGCCGCUGCUGUUGCUGGGCUCAAGGAUGCUGCUGCGAAGCUUCCCCCUGGAGGGAGAGAACGGGCAGUGCUUGGCAGGAGGUUGCGAGCAGCAGGCAGGAGGGUCACAGGCAUGGGGGCGUACGCCCAGGGCAAGGCUGCUCAGCUCGGCAAGGCAAUGGCAGCAGCAGGGGAGGCAGUGGCAGCGGGGUGCACUGAUGACGGUGCCUCCAAUUUCGACCCUGUUAAGACCUUCAAGCUCGGUCCCCUCACAGUGGACGUCACACCAUCCAAGGCGCUCACAGGCGCGGCUGUUGCUGUUGCCUUUUCAGUGGUGAGCUGGCAGCUAGUGUCAGGGCUACAGGCAGUGGACGAGAGCUCGCUCGCCUAUGCCAACGACAAGGCUCUCACACUCGCACUCUCUCUGCGCGGUGCCCUCCUUGCCAUGGGCUACGGCUCAUGCCUUCUCUCUGCCUUCGCUGCUGCCGGCCUGCUUGCACUCGCGAGGGAUCUCAGCUCGCAGGGAGGAGAGGAAGGCAAUUGA